AUGGUUUCUUCAUGUGCUAAGGUCAAUUUUUAUCAGUUUAUUCUUUUCAAAAAUGACACCUAUAUAAUUGGUUAAGACUAUUUAAAAGGGAUAAGUAUAUUUGAUCUUACUAAUUUCAAUGAUUAACUUGAGUAGGGAAAAACAAAUAUACUGCUAAAUCCUUCUCUUUUAAAUUGGUCGAUGGUACAGGGUGGAUUUCAAUAUUCAUCUACUAUAGAGAUUAACCUAGAAUAAACUUUAAUCUAUGUUGGAGCAAGAUCAUCAGGCAUUUAUGUGAUUGAUAUUACUAAUACUUUAAGUCCUGUAGUGUUCUAAUUCAUACAAAUCUAAGAUGACAUAUUUUAGUUAAUCCUAUCCUACAACCUCUCUUACUUAUACUUAUCAACUAAAAUGAGUGUUUUUGUGUAUUAGAAGGAUCAGGCUAAUUUAUAGAUGAACUAUCCUAAUAUGUAUAAUAAGCAUUAAUCCACUCUAUCUUCUAUCUUAAAUACACCAUAUGGUUGGAGAAGUCUUUUACUAAAAGACGAUAAAACUCUAAUUGUAACAUGCAAUAAUUAUGGAGUUGUUAUUGCUUAAUUUAACUAAACUAGUAUUUAACAACCUUUAUAAGUGUUAAGUACUAUUUCUUAUCCUUUUCUAACAUAUACUGAUAAUAUCAUGCUGUUCAGAAACGAAACAUACCUAUUAGUCCCUGUUUAAGAUCCUGCUGGAUAUAUUCUAGAUGUAUAUGAUAUUUCUAACAAAGCUUCUCCAUAAGUUGUACAGCGUAUAGCAUCUUAAACUUCUGCUUAUAUCUAUUCUAUGUCCAAAAAUUAUGAUGAAACACUUUUUGCCUGCUAAAUUUUAAAUUAAUUAGCUUUUUAUCAAAUUUCUGGUAAUAUUUUAUUUAGCUUAAUUUCUUCAUAUGAAAUUCCUUUGUCUUUAUCUAAUAACUAAUCUAAUGAUAUGGUUAUUUUAAACGGUUUUCCAUAUAUAAUAUUGCUGUUUAGGGCAAUAUCAAUAUGUUCUUUAGAUAUUACCGACCUUAUAAACCCUUUUAUUGCUAGUAAAAUUGUUUCUUUAGGAGCUGAAUAAAUAGUUUAAGGAACUUAUUUAAAAAAUUUUUGUUUUAUUGCAGAUGGUUUGCAAGGAAUAUCUGUGAUUGAUUUAGCUUAGCUGCCUAAUUUAGUAAUUAUUUCAAAUGUUUAAAUUAGCGGAUAUACUAACUAUUUAAACCUCAUUAUGAAUGAGCAGUUUUUAAUUACUAGCCAGCUUAGCGGAGGAGAAUCAGCUUCAGUAUCUCUUAGUCCUAUUUAAUCUCCUCAAUUAAUUAGUCAGCUUUAAUAUAAAAAUGAAUUCGCUGCUGCUUCCUCUGUUACAAGUAACUCUACUUUUUUAUUUGCUAUAAAUGCUGGUGGUGUUAGGAUAAUUCCAAUAAAGGCAAAUAUUUUUAUUCACUAUGAAUUUUCAUAGAUUGUCAAAGAUAAUACAGGUGUUGUAAAUCUAAUAAGAUUAAAGCAAAUAGACUAAAUUCUUUCUGUAGGUUAAACAAUUUAGAUAACUCUUAAUCCGCUUUAUCCUAUCUAAGGAUCACAAGUAACAAAUGCUUACUUUGUUAGUAAUGGUAUUUUAUACGAUUUACCAUCCUGGAUGGUAUUUGACAUUUAUUAAAGUACUCUAACUUUGAGUAUUACCAAAGAUUCGCUUACAAUAAUCAGCGCAGAUAGCUAAAAAAAGAGUGAUAUUACAAAGUAGACAGUUGUAUUUGUAACUAAAUUACCUCUCUCGCAAAAUUCAUUUAUUUUUAAUAGUGAAAUUACAGAUAACAUAGUAAUUAACCAAAAUAUGAGUGAAUAAAUUUUUUUAGCAUAUAAAAAUAUAGGAGUAAUAAAUCAUAUGAACUAAGUAUCUGACCAAUUUGCUGAAGAUGAGACUUUUACUCCUCCAAAUAUUGAUGGACUUAAUUUAACUGAUGAAGCAUUAGUGAAAAUUUAAAGAGUUUUGUAGAUGAGCUUAACUUAUUCUCCAGUGGAUCUACUUUUAUAAAAAUCAUUAAAAGUAGAUUUCACAUUAGAAAAUAAUUAUAUUUAAUCAUAUUCGCCAACUGCAAGCAUUUUAUUUAUUAUUAACUAAACAGAUGGAAAAUUUGUUAAUAGAUUAUAUUCAAGUGUGGUAACUUCUUUAUCUGAGAAGUAGGAUUAAAUUUAAUUAUCAGGAAAUAUUAAAAGCUUAAAUCAACUCUUAUAGCAAUAAAUUUAAAUAUAUUUAUAUGAUUAAAAAAAUACUAACAUAAAGAUUAAUAUUUAGAUCAGUGAUGGAAUAAAUAAUGACUUUAGCAGUGAAUAUUAACUUGAUUAACUCUCUAAAAUACUUUAAGUUAAAAAAAUUAUUUCCAUCAGCCCUGAAAAUAAGCUCUAAAUAUAAGUUAAUAACUAAUAUCCUGAAUCUCAGAUUGAUAUAGAUAGCUAAGUAGAUAUACAGUUUUCUUUUAAUACCUACAAUGAUGCUAGUUUCAAUGAAUUAUAAUUUUAAGCUUACUAUAUAAUAAAUGAUAAAUAAUAAGUAUUAACUAUUUAGUAAAGCGAAAUAUAAUUCGCUCCUCAGUAGUUUAAGUUUAAUAUAAAAACAUCUACUUAAGACUUUGGAAGAGAGUAUUGCUUAGGUGUAAAUGCAACAGAUUCUUAUUCUUGGGUAUUUGAUUCCUUUUGUGUUACAGCUACUGUCAUUUCAUUCGAGGUGUUUUUAAAUAUAUUUAUACAAGUAUUAGGACCUUUACUUUUUUUCUUAGGAAUUUUUAAGUAUUGGAAUUAAUUUUUCAAUAUGCUAUUUAACAACAAAAAUUAAUUAGGCUAAAAGAAAGUUGUAGAAAAUAAAUAAUUUGUCUUAAAAUUCAUAGUAGUAGAUGACUGCUAUACCAUAGGUCAAAAGCUUUUCAACGAAUUUAUAAAAAACCUCAAAUAAAAAAAAAUUCCAUAAAAUUUAACAAUAAAUCAAUAAUCUACUAUAAAUAGUUGUUAAUUAAAGAGUAACAUCCUCAAAUAUAGCUUGAAAAAAUUUGAAACAUAAGAAAAUAGCAUUUAUUUGAAUAAUGAAACAGAUAUCAGUGAUCUUUUCCCAUUGAAAAGACAGAAUGUCUAAGCUCAGUCAAUAAUUAAGAGAACAGUAAGAAUUUUAAACUAAAAAAGUUUUCGUAUUAGAGAAAUAAACUAUAAAAACUUUUAAAAUUAUAUCACAAAUAACUAAGAAAUAGAUGUUAAAUCUUUUAUAAACGAUUUACUUAUUUCUAAUAAACCUAUUAGUUAAUAGGGUAUAACAAUUCAUCCUAAAUAGCUAUAGAAUGAAUUAAAUGAUUCUGGGAGCAUUCUAUAUAAUUGCUUAUCUGGGCUUCUUUUUAAAUAAAUUCUAAAAUUAGACAAACGUUCAUUUAUUGUUUACUAAUUCAUAAAGUUAAUAGCAUAAAUAUGUAAUAAAAAGUCUUCAAACUAGUGGACUUAAUUUGUUUCAGAAUCUAAUCCAGUCUUAAAGUAGAAUCAUAAUCAACAAGAAGAAAUCAUCCCUUAAAUUUAAAUAAAAACAUAAAAUUUAAUCAAAAUUAUUAAUAUUUUACUAAAAAGUAUGAAAAAAAACAUAUUAAUUAAUUUCUAUGAACUAAACUAGUAAACUAUUUUUAAUGAAUUGGGAAUAAAUAUAUCCUUAAUUUUAGAUAACAUCAUCUCAGACGCUAUUGGAGUAGCAAGUCCAACAAACAGUUCUCUCUAUCCCAAUAGUGGAGAGAGUAUUCAUCUUUAAGAACACUAAAUUAAAAAAGUAUAAGCCUAUGUAAAAUCUAAGAAUUCUAAAUUUUUGUGUCUAAAGAGGUUACUUAAAUUGGACUAUCAACCCCUCUUCUCACGCAAAAAUUAAUAAUUACCAUCUUGGUUAAAAAUUAAAAUUGAAAAAUAAUUAAUUACUCUUUAUGGAACAGUACCUUCCAGAAAAUGUAAUAAAAAAAUAAAAAUUUGCAUUUUCGAUAAUAACAAUUGCAUUAUUCGUUAAGUUAACUUGAAAAUAAUAAAACAGUAUGAUGAAAAUUUACAGUAGAGAGCUUAACGUGAUAUAUAAAUAUCUGACUCAGAAUAAAUAUAGCCAAUAUUUAAAAAUACUGAAAAUGAUACUUUGGAUAAGUUGUCUCCAACCAUAUUUGAAAGCAAUGAAACAGAAGGUAAUUUAAAUAAAAAAUAAAAUGAAAAACAUAAAUUUAAACUGAUAUCAUAUGGCCAAUAUAGAAAUAUAGCUGAUUCACCCAAAGAAAUUCAUUAAUGUAAAAUUAAAAAUAACAAUAUUUAAUAACUAAAUAGAAAAAUCUAAAAAUCAGUAAAUCCAUUAUUAUAUCAAACUGAAGAUUAUAUUAUUUGA